UUUGAAUAUUAAAUUUUGACAGCAGACAAGUUUAAAAUUUUUUGAUAUGCAAGUAUAUAGAGAAGAGCAAGUUAUUUUCAAUUUGAUAUGGAUUUUUGUCUCAAAGGGUCACAGAUAAACCUUGCGAGACGUCAACAACCAAAACCGAAGUAUUCACAUAUUAACGCUCUUCCAGUAAACAUUCGUCCACAUUCGGCUACUCUAUUCUUUAGGCGUAGUCACUCGUCACCAUUCUUGAGGCGUCCACAAUCAGCUGAUCCAAAAUUUGGGCGCACAAGCAGGUGCGACAGCGUUUGCGGUGCCUAUUGCAAUGACAAAAACUAUCCUUCGAACUUAAAAAAUAAUAAAAACAAGCCAAGGUGUAUACAUUCACUUUCAUCAUCAAAUCUCUUGAAGCUAUUGUUGGAAGAACCAAUUAAAAGAUCCUGGUUACUUGACAAUCCAGUAACAACACGUACGCCUUCAAUUGACUGUCAAUCGGAAUUGAGUACACCUCGAAGAAACUCUAGUUUAUACAAUAUUGAUAGAAAAUAUUUACGAACAACUUCAGUGGAUAGUAGCAGUGUGGAAAGCGAGAACUCAGACAAGCACACCAAAUCGUUACCCAUAGAUAUACAUUUAAAAACUAAACAAAGCUCUGCCUUGGUAAUCAACAAAACCAUGCACAGCUUUACAAGAGAAAAGUCAACAUUAAACACAACUUCCCGUUAUAGCCAACAGCAUAAUGCAGAUUAUUGGCUGCCAACAAGCAAUACGACACAACUCUCUACCACUGCCACUAUAAUAAAUAAAUCUACUAAACCCGAUCUUCCAGGCCGUGUUUCGUUUUCAAAGCCCAGUUUGCAAAAAGAUGUGGACUCAAGUGAUUGUGAUAACGACAAAGGGGACGCAUAUCUAAAAUAUAGCACUGAACUAACAACAACUUCUAAUACUCACAGAGAUACUAUAGAUGAAAGUAUAUCUGCACCAGGGCCUAUGAAGUACAAUUUUUCUGCUGAACACUUAAAUGUAAUAGACUUUCGCCCCAAAGAGCGUCCCACUAGUGCAGGUCUUAAGAAAUCUGUUCAUUUCGGCGGUGCCAAUGGUGAUGAAGAAGUUUUAGCUGAAACUUAUGAAUACCCAAAGUGCCCUUCCGAGAAUUGUUCGUGCAGUACACGAAGCUCUUCUACGACAAGCACACAGGACGGUUUUGAUAAUGCCAAAUGUGCUUGCGACUCGCCAACCUGCAAAUAUGCUGUAAACGAUAACAGAGCUACUAAUUUCUUAAAACUGGAUUUGGAAACGAAUCAGUCUUUAAGUGUUACUGAAACAAAUAAUACAAAUUCUUUUGCUGGUAUUAAAAAUUUGGAGGAAUCUGAAGUCAUACGAGAAUACAAAAGUACAAUAGCACAAACAUUAGUUAACCCUACGACUAGAAAUUUAACAGAAGAUAGUAAAUCAAAACUGAGCAGCUUCUCUAAUCUCAACAAUAUGGAAACCAGCACGUUUCUUAGUAAAUAUGCUGCACCCCCAAAAGCGGAUAUUUUACUAGAAAAACAAAAUAACUUGUCUGAAUCAAGGAAUGGUUCAGCCUAUAAUAGUCUUGCUGGUAGUAAACGUAAUUUGAUGGUUGGUGCUGACAAGGAGCCCAGUAAGAGUCACAACAACAAUAAUACUAAUUUAGAGAACUUAAAAUCGAAAGUAGCCUACACUUCAACUAGUGAUUCUGUCAUUAAUAAUUAUUUAAAGGUAACUGCAAGUGUGCCUGUCAUUACUAAAAAAAAGGAAAAUAAUAAGAGUGAGUCCUCCGAGUCUAAGUCAGUAGGUGCGUCGGCGAAAAAAAAGAAGUCUUCUAUGCCGGGUAUAUUAAAACCAAAAUCAGUGAGUGCUACUACGGAUCGUUCGAAAUUGCAAAAGGCGACUAGUUUUAAUAGUUUGAGCGAAGAUAAAAAUUUGAAUGAGUUCAAUUUGGAUAAAGUAGAUACGUGGAUGUCCAUGCAUGAAUCGACAUUGCCGAAAAAGACUACUAAACACUCUUCUUUAGAAGUAGGUAUAGAUAAGUUGAAUGAUGUUAGCAGUGAACAAGGGAAUGACGAAGAAGAAUUGGAUGAUGAUAGCAAUUCAAACAUUUCUCUAAAAUCAGACGGAAAUUCACAGGAUGAUUCCACCUAUAAUGAAAUAGUUUCAGUUAUAAAAGAAAUCGAUGAGGAAAAGAAGAAAGAUAACUAUGCGGAACGUAGUAUAGUUGACAUGGAACUCAAAAUUGAUACCCCCACCGAAAUGGGAGAUACCCCGCACAGCACAAACGAAUUACGCGAAGCAAGAGAAACACCAGAUAAAUACAAAGAUAUACUAAAUUACUUGGAUAAUGUGGAAGAUAGUUGUGAUAAAACGCUAAUGGAGACACGUCGAUCCAUGCCAGAAUCUAAUCGUUCUGAAGUUGAGUUUAUUGUAGAGCCUGACAUAGUUGAAGACGUGCCAAAACUAUCGGAUCUACUCAUGUUACCUAAUCACCAAUUAGCAAGACGUGUGGUUGCUCUGAGUCUGCGGGCUAACGAACUGGCGAAUGCAGUUUAUCUAUCCAAAGAAAAUGUUGCUAAACUGCGAGAAGAGAAGCAGAAGAGCUUGCGAAUGGAAAAAACAAAUGCAACUAAUCGUUUGGCGGACCAAAAGAAGCACUACGAGAGCAUCGUACAACGUCAUCAGACAUUCAUUGAACAGUUAUUAAAAGAUAAAGGUUCUUUGUGCGAAAAAAUAGCUGCACUUACUAGACGUUUGGAGAGUCAAAAUCAAGCUUGGGAACACAAGCUUGAAACAGAGACAACGAGAGUGAAAGAAACCACUUUAGCGGGUGAAAAAAUUAGACGUGAACGUUGGGUGCGGGAAAACACGAAGAAAAUCAAGGAACUCACAGUUAAAGGACUGGAGGCCGAAAUUAAUAAAAUGACAUGUGAACACCAACGUGAAGUUACUGAAUUGAAACGUUUUCAUCAACAACAACUAUUGGAUUCGCUAGAAGAAGCGCGUAUAAAACACGAACAGAUUGAGAACAGCAUACGUGAAACUUGUGCACAGGAUCGUGAGUCCAUAAUUGAAAAAGAACGAACUGCCAUACGAGAAAGGUUUGACAGACAAAUGGAAGAAGAAAGAAAAUCAUUUGAUGAACAAAAACAAAAACUUUUGGACGAUUUAUCUGCACAACGUGAAAUUCAUAAAAAUGAAUUGAAAGCCAAAGAAAAGGACUACCAGAACAAGCUUUUGGAUGUACAACGUGAAAGUCAUAAUGAAUUGGAGCAGAAUGUGCUUGAAUUGCAAGGAAAAAUGUCCAAACAGGAUGAAAAAUAUCAGAAUCGCAUAAAUACCAUUGAAAAGCAAUAUGAAGCAGAUUUUGAGAUAUGGAAAAGGGAUUAUGAGAGCAGCUGCAAAUUGGCACAAGUGGAGAAAGAAAACGCUGUACGGCAACAUUAUCGCGCAGAACGUGACAGACAAAUCGACGCUAUAGUAGUACGUAUGGAUGCAGAGGCAUUAAAAAAUGGAGAGGAAUUUGAUAUGAAAAUAAAUCGUUUAAAGGAGAAGUACGAAAGGGAUAUACAUGAAAUCGAGUCAGUAGAAAAGUCACUGAGGGAAAAAUAUACAGACACACGGACUAGACUUGCAGAAUCUGAUGCUCAAGUUCGUAACUUCCAGGCAGAAAUUAAGCAAUUACAGAUCGAAUUGGGGCACAGUAAAAAAAUGUGUGACGAGUUUUUAAACGAACGCGAUCAAAUGCGAGAUAAUCUACGUAAUGAAUUGCAAUCGGAAGUGACUUCGUUAAAAUCGGAACGCGACGGUGAAAUUCAAAAAAUUCAUAAAAGAGUACAACAAGCCAUCGAGAAAAAGGAUGUGACAAUAGAUAUAUUACAGAAGGAAAAUGGUUGCUUACGCGAACGUUGUCUAAAACUGGAGGCAGUCAUUCGACAACAACGGAAGGAUUAUUGUGUUAAAUAAAUUUCAAUAAAAGAAAUAACUUAUGAAUUAAUAAAUGUA